CAUAAGUACCGGCAAUAUCUUUAACGCGACCAUUUUGAUCUCGUGAUCAGGGAGAACGGCCAACGGUCCGGUAUAUUCAGUAUAAAGUUAUUGGAAGAGGUUUGAUUAGUUGCAUUCUGUGGCGGUCAACGGGAUAUCUCCAUAUUGAGUAGCCCAGCCAUGGAGGACUUGCGUACAAACUCCAAGGCCCAGCUGGCGCUCGAGGACUCUGUCGCCUCCAAGUCGCCCAGUAAGAUUCCCCUCAUUUUGGUUGGAAUCUUCGCUGCUGCCACCAUUGCCCUAACGGCCACCACAAUUGUUUUCGCACUGCAGAAGAACGACAUUGCCGCCGAAUUGGACGAAAUGAAGGCACAUAAUGGGCAAGAGAUGUGCACGACGAAGCAAUGCUAUGACUCUGCGUAUGUUUACUUGGAUAGUAUGAAUCAGAGCAAGAAUCCCUGCGAUAAUUUCUUCGAGUACGCCUGCGGUGGCUGGGUCAAGCGAUACACCGUACCAGAGGACCGGACUAGCUUCUCUACCUUCACUAUACUGAGAGACGAUCUGACGGACAAGCUCAAAGUGCUAUUUGAACGGAGUCCCGUUGCCGGCGAACCCUCGUCGUAUCACAUCGUGAGGAACGACUACCAGUCUUGCGAAGACAUGGACACCAUCAACGCGUUGGGAGCCAAACCUCUGACGGACGUGCUGACUUCGCUGGGCGGCUGGCCGGUGCUGGGGUCUACCGCUGCCGGCGGUAACUGGAGCGCCAGCGAAUUCGACUUCGAGAAACUCUGGGCCGCCCUCAGGGGCACAUACUUUGUACAGCUGAUUGUGGCCACGGACACCUAUCCUGAUCCUAGGAACACGGCCAAAUACAAGUUGGAUGCGUACACUCCUGGUUUCGUGGUACCGAAGGUCGACAUCGAGAAGCCGCACUGGCGGGAUGUGAAGACUUUGAUUGACGAACCAGACGAUUCUGAGGAUUUGGGGAUGAAGAUUCUUUUGGAUGAGAAUUAUUCGAAGGAGAGGAAAGCGUACCUCCAGUACCUGAUCGACAUUGCCGUGGCUCUGGGGGCAGACGAGGCAGUAGCGAAGACGGAUAUGACGAACCUCAUCGAGUUCGAGUCGCAUAUGGCUAACUUGAGUGCGUUGCAUCCAGACUCUGGCAAUACUGAAUACACCCUCAAGCAAAUUGGAAUGGAUGUGAUCGACUGGAAGCGUUUCUAUGAACUAAUGUUGCCGGCAAGUGUCGUCCCAGGAGUAACAGACGACGAGCCCAUCGUCAACUACAGGCCCAACUACAUCGGUAACGUCACCAUGUGGAUAAAAGACCAAGACAACAGGGUCAAGGCCAACUACAUGAUCUGGCGUCUGGUGAGUCGGAUGAUCCCCUUCAUGAGCGAGACAUUCCUGGCCAUCCGGCAGAAGUACCAAGAGGCAGUGGACGGCACGUCGACUCCCACGGCUCGCUGGAAGACAUGCACCAACAACGCCAAUGACCAAUACGAGUAUAUCAGUGGUAGGAUGUACGUGGAUGACCACUUCCCUGAGGAGGCUAAACAAAAGACGCUCGACAUGAUUAGAAAUUUGCAGACGGCUUUCAAGUCCAUGCUGAAAACAAAUGACUGGCUGCAGGAGGCAGACAAAGGCGUGGCUGCUGAAAAGGCGGAUGCCAUGGACAUCGCCAUUGGUUACCCAGAAUGGAUCAAAGACAACGCUAAGCUAGACGCGGAGUAUGCCGAUCUGACUGCCAAGGACGACGAGUAUUUCCAGAAUAGCCUGAAAUUCCGCAAUUGGACAGCCCAGGCUGAAUUGGCGCUCUUACGUCAAGACGUGGACGUUGAUAAUUCACUGUGGUCUAUCGUUGGGCCGGCCGUCGUCAAUGCUUUCUACAGUCCAACCAGAAAUGGAAUUUUGUUCCCUGCGGCCAUUCUCCAACCGCCUUUCUACCACAAGGAUCUUCCCUGGUACUCCAAUUAUGGUGGAAUCGGUGUCGUCAUUGGGCACGAGAUAACCCACGGUUUUGACAACAACGGGAGGCAGUACGACAAAGACGGCAACUUCGUUGUCUGGUGGAGUCAAGAGUCCAUCGACAAUUUCUUGCAGAAGGCGCAGUGCAUCAUCAACCAGUACUCCGGAUUCGUCAUGCCGGAAAACAAUAGACACCUGAACGGAGAGCAGACGCAGGGUGAAAACAUUGCUGACAACGGAGGCCUGAGAGAGUCCUACAAGGCCUAUAUGGACAACAUACCCAAGCAACCUCGUCUCCCUGGCAUUGACUUCACUGAAGAGCAGAUGUUCUUCCUGUCAUUUUCCCAGAUUUGGUGCAGUGUGUUCAAACCUGAAGGAGUGGAUAACUACAUCGACAAUGGAGUGCACAGUCCUGGCCGAUACAGAGUCAUCGGUCCGCUUCAGAACAACGAGGCGUUCAGCGCUGCGUUCAACUGUCCGGCUGGAAGCUACAUGAACCCGGACACCAAAUGCAAAGUCUGGUACUAACUUCCUCCAAGGAUAGACCUUAUGUGUGGCGGUCAUCUUAGAGGGCAUCAUUUGUUGUUUUAAUUCAGUAACAAUGAAUGCACAAAAGGGCCACUCAUGCGUAUCCCAGCAAAACAAAACACAUUGCCUAAGAUGGCUGCUUAGCGUUCAUCGUAAGAAACAUUCCAUUCUUCAUUUGUAAAACAUCACAAUUGAAAAGCAAAUUACAAUUGAACUUUGAACAGAUUUUCUAAUUGGGUUGAAACUUGAUAGAGCUUUUCAUGAUUAUAGUCGUGUUCCCUAACGUGGCGCACUUCGAAGCUUACCCAA